CACACAUACAGCUCAGAAUGCCGGGUCUAAGUUGUAGAUUUUAUCAACACAAAUUCCCAGAGGUGGAAGAUGUAGUGAUGGUGAAUGUAAGAUCCAUUGCCGAAAUGGGGGCUUAUGUCAGCUUGUUGGAAUACAAUAACAUUGAAUGCAUGAUUCUUCUUAGUGAAUUGUCCGGAAGACAUAUCCGUUCUAUAAACAAACUGAUCCACAUCUGCAGAAAUGAGUGUAUAGUUGCCAUUAGAGUGGACAAAGAAAAAGGCUAUAUUGAUUUGUCAAAAAGAAGAGUUUCUCCAGAGGAAGCAAUCAAAUGUGAAGACAAAUUCACAAAACCCAAAACUGUUUAUAGCACUCUUCACCAUGUUGCUGAGGUAGUAGAAUAUUCCAAGGUAGAACAACUGAAAAGCCUGUUCCAGAGGACUUCCUGGGUCUUUGAUGACAAGUCCAAGAAACCUGGAUAUGGUGCUUACGAUGCCUUUAAGCAUGCAGUCUCAGAUCCAUCUAUCUUGGAUAGUUUAGAUUUGAAUGAAAAUGAACGAGAAGUACUCAUUAAAAAUAUCAAUGGGUGUUUGACCCCACACGCUGUCAAAAUUCAAUCAGAUAUUGAAGUAGCUUGCUAUGGUUAUGAGGGAAUUGAUGCUGUAAAAGAAGCCCUGAGAGCAGGUUUGAAUUGUUCUACAGAAACCAUGCUCAUCAAGAUUAACCUAACAGCUCCACCCAGAUAUGUGAUAACAACAACAGAACUAGUGCGAACAGAAGGCCUCUCUGUUCUCAGCCAGGCCAUGGCAGUCAUCAAAGAGAAGAUGGAGGAGAAGAGGGGUGUGUUCGAUGUUCAGAUGAAGGCCAACGUGGUCACAAAUACAGACGAGACCAACUUGCAAGGCAGCUGGAACGGCUUGAGAGAGAAAAUGCAAAAGUAG